UUUAAGGUAUUCUAUUCUUUUAAAGCACUAAGGAACACAGACUUUGUGCGAGGUCCGAUGAAUUCUUCCCGAGAGAAGCAGCGAAGUUUCUUUGGGCUGGGCCGGACCGUCAUCUUCCUCUCUCUCGGCCCUAUUGCGUAACCUUUCUGACCUUCUGAUGGUCUGGCGGCUUGGUUGCUAUCGUCGGGAAAGUUUCCGACCGCCGAACCCUGGGGGAAGAAGCCGGUUAUGCACAAAUUACGAACGUGGGUUUCGUAUCGACCUCCCCCGUCCCUCUUACGUUCAACAACGAUCGAACUGAACAGGCGGUUGAAUGGGUUGUCGAAGUUGGGACGCCUCGAGGAGGCACGUAACCUGUUCGACGAAAUGCCUGACAAGGAUGAGUUCACGUGGAACACAAUGGUUGCUGCUUAUGCUAAUUCAGGAAGAUUGACGGACGCCAGGAAGCUUUUCGAUGAGUCGCCAGUGAAGGGUUCGAUCACUUGGUCCGGUUUGAUAGCUGGCUACUGUAGAUAUGGAUGUGAAGUUGAAGCAUUCAAGCUGUUUUCGGAGAUGCACAUGGAAGGACAGAGGCCGACCCAGUAUACGAUGGGCAGUGUUCUUAGGCUGUGUUCUAUGACUACUUCUCUUCAACGAGGAGAGCAGAUUCAUGGGUAUGCUUUAAAGACUGGAAAUGAUGGCAAUGUUUUUGUUGCUACUGGGCUUGUGGAUAUGUAUGCCAAGUGUAUAUGCAUUAUGGAGGCUGAGAGUCUUUUCGAGAAGGUGGCUGAUGCUAAGAAUCAUGCUACCUGGACUGCUAUGCUUACUGGGUACUCUCAUAAUAGGGAUAGCUUCAAAGCCAUGGACUUCUUCCGUCAUAUGAGAACAGAAGGGGUUGAGAUAAAUCAAUUCACCUUUCCAUCCAUUUUGACAGCUUGUGCAGCUGUUCUGGCUAAUGAUUUUGGACUGCAGGUUCAUGGUUGCAUCGUUAAGAGUGGUUUUGGGUCUAAUAUCUUUGUUCAGAGCGCUCUGGUUGACAUGUAUGCAAAAUGCAGGGACUUGAAAAGCGCAAAGAAGAAGCUAGAGAGCAUGGAAAUUGAUGAUGCAAUAUCUUGGAACUCCCUGAUAGUAGGAUUUGUGAAUCAGGGUUUGAUAGGUGAGGCUUUGUACACGUUUCAAAGAAUGCAUGCUAAAAACAUGAAGAUCGAUGAGUACACUUUACCGUCUGUUCUGAAUUCUCUGGCGUCUACCAAAGAUGUGCGAAAUGCAAAGUCCGUUCAUUGCCUCAUAUUGAAAAGUGGGUUUGGGAGAUACCAGGUUGUGAAUAAUGCUCUUGUUGACGUGUACUCCAAACAGGGGAACCUGGAUUCGGCGUUUACUAUAUUUAACCACAUGGAAGGCAAAGACGUCGUCUCCUGGACAUCCUUGAUAGUAGGAUAUUCACAUAAUGGGUCUUAUGAAGAGUCUCUAAAGUUAUUCUGCGCAAUGCAUGUUACUGGUAGUAUACAGCUAGAUCAACUAAUUGUUGCCAACAUUAUGAGUUCUUGUGCAGAAUUGGCAAUUAUGGAAUUUGGGCAGCAACUUCAUGCCAUACUUGUUAAAUCUGGUCUUGAAUCAUCCUUGUCUGUGGAUAAUUCUCUAGUUACGAUGUAUGCAAAGUGUGGUGCUAUUUUAGAUGCCAAUCGAGUCUUUGACUCUAUGCAGAAUCGGAAUGUUAUAACGUACACAGCUUUGAUAGUUGGAUAUGCACAAAAUGGUAAAGGAUUGUACUCCCUGCUCCUAUAUGAUCAAAUGAUCUCUGCUGGAAUUGCACCAGAUUAUAUCACAUUCAUCGGUUUACUGUUUGCCUGCAGUCACACUGGUUCUCUUGCAAAGGGUCGCUCCUACUUUAACUCGAUGGACAAGAUACAUGGGAUCAAACCGGGAGCCGAGCAUUAUGCUUGCAUGAUUGAUCUCUUGGGGCGGUCGGGGAACUUGUCUGAGGCAAAGCAGUUACUUGACCAAAUGGAUGUAGAACCAGAUGCAACCGUAUGGAAAUCCCUGCUAGGAGCAUGUAGAAUGCACAAAGAGCUAGAAAUGGGAGAAAUGGCUGCAAAGGAGCUGUUUGAAUUGGAACCGAAAAAUAGCAUGCCAUAUGUAAUGUUGUCAAAUUUGUACUCUGCUGCUGGCAGAUGGGAAGAUGCUGCCAAAAUCAGAAAGUUGAUGAAGUGCAGAGGAAUUAGUAAGGAGCCCGGAUCAAGUUGGACUCAGGCAAAUGGCAAAACUCACACCUUUGUUUCUGAGGAUAGGAGCCAUCCAAUGAUGGCUCGGAUUUAUUCCAAGAUCGAUGAGGUGAUUGCAUUGAUCAAGGAAGCUGGUUACGUUCCUGAUAUGAGUUUUGUGCUUCAUGACAUGGAAAGGGAAGGGAAAGAGCUUGGACUUGCUUAUCACAGUGAGAAAUUGGCUCUUGCGUUUGGACUGCUUGUUGUGCCUAGCGGAGCAGUGAUCCGGAUUUACAAGAACCUACGGGUUUGUGGAGACUGCCAUACUGCUUUCAAGUACAUAUCGAGCUUGUAUGAUCGGCAUAUUGUGUUAAGAGAUUCCAAUUGCUUCCACCACUUUGUAGAUGGAAAAUGUUCUUGUGGAGACUAUUGGUAAAAGGUUGUGUCUGCUGGAAUUGGAAUCGCGUGGUUAUAGCUCUUAGCCUGGCAUAUCUUCUUCUUGUAGCCAUGUAGUUCUUGUUUAAGCUUAGUUCGCAAAACAUCUUCAAGCUCAUAUAUAUGCUGAAGCCUUUAGGUUUGUGCCCUGCCCUCUCGGAAUUACUUUUCUUCCUGUCGGAUGUGUUAGUGUCCACCAAAGAAGCAAGAAAUCUAACAGGUUACCGCUAUAAUGAAAACUAGGUUGGGAUCGCACUUUGUGGUUGGACUGCUCAAUUUGAGUUGUUGGCGUCUGUUGAGAUUUGAAAUUAUAUUUUAUGAUAGUGUAUUUGUAAUGAUAAUUAUUUAUUUAUUUAUAAUAUUUUAUCUUAUGUAUAUACAUAGCUAGAAAUUUGAAAUUUCUAGUUCAAAUGGGAAGGUAAAGCUCUCAAGAGAGAAGCAAAUGGAGUAAAAGGCGGAACUCUGAUUUAUAUAACUAUUUAUAUUUAUAAAUGAGAAUUUGUAUAAAUAUAAUAUACUAAUUAUGAUUGGACAAAUAAGGCAAAGGCAUAACUAAAAAAAGGGAAAUGGACGAUUGAGGAAGAACCAAAAAUCAUUAUGAUUAAUUAGUUUUCCAUGUUUUCAAUGGUGGAGUCUUUCUCGGCAACAUUGAUUCUUCUCUUGCUAUGCUUUGCACUCGUCAUGUAAAGUGUACCUUCCUUCUUGUCUUUAGCCACUACAAGAGAACCUCUUGAUAGCUUCCAUUUUCCUUCUCCAAAAUAGUUGGUAUAACCAUCAUCAUCAAGUUUUCGGCUGGAUAUCAAAUUCAAACUCAUGUCAUGACCAUGUCUCACUUCCUUCAAGACAAGCUUGCAACCUGUGUUAGUCACUAGUUGAAUAUCACACAUGCCAACAAUAUUUGAUGCACCAUCAUUUCCCAUCCCCACACAACCAUAGUCACCCUUUUCGUAGGAAGAGGAAAAAAAAUCAAUUCGCGAGGUCACAUGGAAUGAGGCACCUGAGCCAAUAACCCAUGCACUCUCUUGGCAUGCGAGAUUAACAAAACCGAAUCACAAAUGAUGACCACAUCACCAUAUGUGGUAGUAGCAGUAGUAUCAUAUUUUCUCGGUUUUCAACACUUUUAUCUCUAGCUUGUUCCCGCUUUAAGAUUCUCCCCUCUCUCCUCAUGUGUCCGAGCUGGUUACAAUGAUAACAUGUGAUUUCUUCUCUCGGUCUUGAGACUGAUUUUGAUCUCCCUCUACAUCUACCUCGAUUGUUACCUCGAUCCCGAGAGUUCUUGAAAUUGGAAUUUCGAUUUCUACUGAUUCCACGAUUUUCAUAUUUAUCUGCCACCAUAGCACGUGAUUCUGAUGAAAUCCCCAAUUAUUUUCUCCUCACCUCUUCAUUGAACAUACUAUCCUUGACAAUGUCCAUCGUCAGAUGGUCAUUAGGUGUCGAGUUGCUACGUGAGACCACCAAAGUCUCCCAACUACCCGACAACGAAUUAAGAAGUAACAAUGCUUGCACCUCAUCAUCAAUGCAUGUUAUCGUUCUCGGCACCAAAAAUCAUCUCCGAGCUAUUGGAUCCCCUGCCAAAAUCCCUCAAUAUUUUGGACCAUUAGUUUCUGUCAAGCAUCGGAAGCUCCUCCUUCAAUCAGGAGGCAGAGAGCAGCGAUAUAAACGAUGGAAGCCAUCAGGGAUGGAAUUUUUUGCCUCGAUUCGCCGGGUAUGGAUCUAUGGUGGCGGUCGUAGGAGGUGCUCAAAUGAAAAUUUUCUACGGCAGGUAGAGAUCGUGUUCAACGAUUUUCAGGCGGAGAAGGCCAACGAUUUCCUACUGUCUACCUCAACCGCCGAGAGCUCCGACUUACAGCCGACCUUGAUGUGCUCCUGGAGGAACUUCUCGAGUGAGCCAAUCAAGAAUAUGGGUUUUG